AUUGCAAAAACUCGCGCCAACCUAAAAAAGAUUACCGCGCCCGCGAGUUCAUAUUUAUUCAAAUCAGCCCUGUUUUGAAUUUAUUUCAAGCAGAAAGUGCUUUUUCCCUUAUUUACCACCUAAAUACUACACCUCAUAUCUACUCAAACAAAAUGUCUCGUGUCAUAGGAAGACUUCCAUCAACUCUAGAAGAUAACGGACCCUCUGAAAAUGAGCAUUGCGUGGAGACAGAUGAGACCAUCUCCAUCUUUCCAUGCUACAACCUCUAUCCAAAGAAAAGCCUCAGGCUUUCAGUUUCCGGAAACUCCGAAAAGCUAAAGUCGAUAAAUCUGAAUUGCAAAAAUCUCGUAGAAGAUGAAAUCGCUCCGAUCAAGCGAAAAGACGCACGCAGUAUUCAGAAUCCGUUCAAAAAGUACAGUAUUCCCGAUGAGAUCACUGAACAAAUCUUUUCCAAUUUGAAAAAGAAGGAUCUUCUCUCGGCGAUGCUCGUCUGUCAUCGUUUUUACGGAAUCGGACACAAAUCGAGAAAUUGGAUUAUCACCGACGCCCAGGAUCGUCCUAUUUCCGAAAUUUCACUGAUUGCGUUGUCACAACGAAAAAUCAAAGUUCUUCGUCUGGCAGGAGCUAAAGCCGAUCGAAUCCUUCGUGCCGAUGAACGGCUCGUCGAAGUUGCACUGCUGAGCACCUCCCGCUUGGAGCUUCUCGAUCUCUCUCGCACUAAUCUCACUGCCCGCCAAAUGCAGAUUAUGUUGAAACCAUGCCAGAAGCUCAAAUGCUUGUCAAUUGAAGGAAAUCAAUUGGAUGACCACGUGGCAAUAUGCAUUGCAGAGAAUCGCGGGCUCCGCGAGCUCGACAUCUCGAUGACCAACGGAAUCACGGCAAAUGGAGCCAGUUUGAUCUUCAGAAAUUGCAAAGACCUGCAACAACUGAAUCUGGCGUGGUGUGGAUUAACACAGCCAAUUGUGACCGUAAUCAUUCAUUCCAUUGGCGAGAAGCUCAAAAAGUUGAAUCUCUCGGGAACAGUUCGAAACUUCGGCAUCAACAAUAAACAUAUUGAGAUUCUCGCCGCAAAAUCCAACUACGUCACCGACCUCGACUUGUCGGAUAACGUCGAGAUUAGUGAUCCAGGCCUCGCAGUGAUUCUGAACAAAUUCCCGAGACUUACGACAAUUUCUCUCAAUCGAUGCUACGGAUUGGACCCUAAUAUGGUUGUACACUUCAACAGUAAGCCUUCGCUCGUUUAUCUCAACGUUCAUGGCUGCGUCUCUGACACGAACAUGGAGCUUUUCCUCGAAAUGUGCUCCAAUCUGAAGGUCAACCGUCAGUACUUCAACUUCACCGCCAAACCGGUCAGCUACCAAUGCGAGUCGAAUAUGAUCUGGGGACAGACAAUGAUGGAUAUCGAAUAGAUAACAAUACAUAUUAUUUUAACUGCACUUCUCAAUUGUCCUAUAUUUCUCUAGUUUCUAAUUUUCUUAACGAGUUACGUGACAGUUAACACCCAAAACUUGUCAAAUAAAAGUUUCGCUAGUAA